GUCUUUCUUCAAGCACUACUUCAAAAUCACAAAUACAACUGUGAGCCUGAAUUGAAUCCAACCCAUAGAAGUAUCUAUAGGCCUGUGCUCGUCCUCUCUCACGAGCGGUCGUAGCCAAAUAAUCUGUUGUUUGCGAAACUCACAAAACUAUUUUUCGUACCCCCUGAAUGACGUGUGCGAGUGUGAGGCCCACACCCAAGUCCGAAAAAACCUAGCCUCGUAACAGCCGCACCCUUAUGGUAUAGAUCAACUGUUCGUCAUAGAGGAUCGGCGUUCAGCUGCUCUCGGGCUGGAGGAGGGAGUAGCACGCAGCAGUCCGCUAAAGGGCACACUGCC